UCUGUACCCUUGCCAACUUUCUACCCUCUCCUCCCCGAAUCCGUUACCAUUCUCCUACCGACCGACCGACCGCCCGCCCGCCCGCUGAAAUCUGACUGCGGAGGGUCGCAUACGGAGAGCCUCAUCAGGUACCUACGCUCCUCAGGCCGCGCGACCUUCGUCAGCACUGCUGCUUGCACAACGUGGAUUGAAUCGUCUACGAGGGGGCUGACCUCCCCGAGGAGGUCAUCCCGUCCACACCAUACGGCCAAAAUGUGUGAAGGCCGCGACGCGAGAUGGCUCCAUAGUCCAGGACCGAUGGGUGCCUCCCAACGACACGGAGCUGAGGGUUCAGGAGUCGGACGGGUCGCGUCGGCUGGCCGAUCAUCCCAGGACAUCUUCCGGCGAUCGCGACGGCGCAGAGAUCGACGACCGUGGCUUGGUGGUGUUGGUUGGAUGCUGCUGGUGCUGUUGAUAUCAUGGAUCCCGUCGACCUCCGCCGUGUUGCUGGAUUUCGACAACUGCCUGAGUGCUGCUGUUGUCGCAUCAAAUCCGCGUCAGCUGCAGUUCGUUCCGCUGGACGUCUCGGUCAUCUUCAACAUGCAGAACUCCCUUUACCCCUUGAAUAUAACGGUCUAUGGGAACGUCUCAGGAACGGCCAACGGCGAGACCGCGCCAGCCCCGAACGAUCCCUCGUGGUCGAACCCGAACGAUACUGUAGGCAAGAUUGUCGACUUGGACGUCUCCAAUGACAAAUGGGCAACCCUCCUGUCUUAUGUCAAUGUCCUGAGCUUCUUACCUUACCAUGAUGCGUCGAGAUUUUGCGACUCGGUCACUCAGGGGAGCUGUCCGUUAGGCCCCGUAUUCUACGCCAACUCGAGUAACCUCUCUUCCUUACGCGCUUUCUCCAUCGAGCACGACAUGCUCUCUUCAUACCACUUCUCCACCCUGUCAUCAACACUCGUCAUCAAAUCCGGCGAUGUCGCAGUUACGGAGCUUGGCUGUAUCUCCGUCAAUAUCACCCCGGACCUUGGAUCGUCCCUGAGGAACACUCUCGCCUUCCUCCCCCUGAUUGUCCUUUUCCUAGUCGGGGUCGCCACUGUAACAGCGGCGAUUUACAGCCCGUGGGGCACCACCGAUCCUUUUCAUUGGACUAGCAAUUACGGUCGCGAUGAGGAUGUUCUCCGUCUUGUGACCCCUGGCUUUGGGGACUGCCUGCAGUACAUACAGUUCGCGGUUUUGACGGGCGCUCUAUCGUUGAAUUACCCCGGCUACUAUCAGCCCGUGGUGAGCCAGUUUGCGUGGUCGGUACUUAUGUUCAACCAGAGUUUCAUCAAUCCCGGACAUGAGCAAAACCCCGUCAAAGAUGGCGUAUAUGCGGUCAAUGCUACAUAUGGACUGGAUAAAUUGGACCAAUAUGUCGGCAUGCCGUCGGCACGCGAUAUCUGGCCAGGCAUGAUGGUUUGGCUGCUUGCAAUUGUGGCCGCCGUCACACUGAUAAUCCAGAUAGGUUUCGGGCUGCGCUACCUCCAUCGUAAGAUCGCAAACAACCCGGAAGAGGACCUCCGUGCGAAGAAUAUGCCGUUUACGGUAGGAAACAUCAUCCGGAUUGUCUUCAAUUAUCUACUUCUACCACUUAUCUCCAUAUCUUUCUUCCAGCUGGUGAUAGCGGGCGAAUCUCCGGCAUAUUCUGUUGCCCUAGCAGUCGUGGUCAUAGUGAUACUGGUCUGCUUUUCUCUCUGGACAGUCCGGCUGAUUGCAAACGCCCGUCCAAAGUCAUACCUCUUUGACGAUCUUUCCACCGUGCUCUUGUAUGGCCCGCUUUACAACACCUUCUGCGACGACGCAGCUGCAUUCGCUUUGGUUCCAAUCUUCCUGACGUUCGUCCGGGGUAUUGCCAUCGGCGCGCUGCAGCCAUCCGGCAUUGCUCAAAUCGUACUUCUGGCUAUCUGCGAGGUGGUCUCUGUUUUAACGCUGGUCGCCUUCAAACCGUUUGCGUCGCCGACUUCCAUGAACCUCUACCAUACGUGCUUCUCCAUCGUUCGAUUCCUCACGAUUCUGCUAAGUGUGGUUUUUGUGCCCUCUUUAGGAAUCUCGCAGGCUGCUCGAGGUUGGAUCGGCUAUAUCAUCCUUUUCCUGCAUGCGCUAGUCAUGGUUUUCGGCUUCUUCCUGAAUGCUCUACAGACUCUGAUCGAAGUCAUUGCACGACUCGCAGGUGCUGGAGGCAACGCCGGUGGGGUUACCCGUGGUGGCCUGGUCAAGGUUUUCGGCAUGCGGCAACUAUCCCGGCGUGUGCCCCGACAAAGCGUUGGCACUCGGCAAAGCAUGGGCUCUGAGGCUGCGAUGCUCGGACACACAGAUGAGCGGUUAUCAUCUCAGUUCGACGGAUCACGACCUCGGAGUCUUUCCGGGAGCUCCGCCAUGCUCUUGAAUCGAGCAGGUGCAAGUGAAGGUAGAGGCAGUGCGUUUUUCGACACUGGAAGUGCGCACGGGGGAUCGCACAGCCGCGCCAACAGCAGUGGGUUCUUCACACCAUCGACACCGGGUGGCUUUACCGCUGCAGGAUAUCAAACCCCCGGUAGCAACUCUCCUAAGAGUGGUCCGGUCUUUGCCAUGCAUCCGCAUGACCCUUAUUACCGACCCCCUAGACCUCGCAAGAAGGGUGCGGAGAUCGGUGCUUCCGGAGAGAAGGGCAGAGGAGCGUCUCGCCACACGCAGAGAGCACCAAGCUAUGGCGAUGGCGAUGACGAUAUCAUCGAGGGACCUUCCAUUUCGGGCAGAGGUACACCUAUUCCUGCAUAUAUCCCAGCGCCAAAGGACGACCUCGAUCUGGACGACCCCCGGCAAUCCAGGAAGGAUUAUGCGGUCCGUGAAGUCGACUUCUACUACCGCGUGCGCGGCCCUCCCCUCUCACAGUCGGGCACUCGCAAGUUGAAGACGGGCCCGGCUGAUCCUACGGGCCCGGUCUCGUCUGCCACGGGCUUCUUCCGGAACUUGUUCCGAGGAAAGACCAAAGAAAACGGCAAGGGCUUCGAGGUGGUGCGCAGCGCCAGGGCCCCACCACCUGGUCUGUUCCCGGAAGCGGAGGAGUUCCAUGACCAACAAGAACCCUACCGGGACGAGCCCGAUGAGCAAGGUGCUGCCACACAUAGCCGUGAACCUUCGGAGACGGAUGUCCAGUACCGCGAUUCCGACGGGGAGAGCCGUGGGCGAACUGCCGCGACGCACACCAGUCUGCCGAAACUCCAGACAGGCGGGGACAUCGAGCUCCCGAGUCGCGUGGGGUCUCAGCAUAGCUCCCCAUCGCCUUGCACAGCUGGACCUCUAGGUCCCCUGGCCCCAGAUGAGCAGGAUCUGGGGCAAAAGUCUAUUCCUACGGUGACGGAGACCGUCGUCGGAGAACCGGCCGAGCCUGAACAGCGUGAAGAACCGUCUGUCUUUUCUCCCGGCCAACUCCAUCCCUCGGGGUCGGUCACGAGCCGGUUACCAUUCAGUGCCAUGAGCUCACCCUCGCGGGAUCGCAAUUUCUCCAUCGCCUCCACUACCGCCUCCACGACCUCCAGCCGUCGGCAGAGAGCUGAUGGGGCCGCUCGCGUGGAACGGCCGUCCAGCAUGGGGUAUGUUGCGCAAUACCGCACUCGGGACAAUAUCCACGAGGCCAGCCCGGACGAGCCCACGUUUGCGGGCAGCGCGGCGGAACUGGUGGAUGACGAGGUGCACCACGCCGACGGGGAGCAUUGAAGCCAAGGCAGUGGAUGGCGAUGACGAAUUUCCUUUUGCUUUCGGAGUCCUCCCCCCCCCCCCCAAAAGAGAUUUUUCCGGGCCGGAGUUUGUUGAUAUAUGGGUUUGGAUUUCCGUUACAUAUGCAGCCCGAUUCCGCCGCAGUCUGCUGGCCAGCGUGCCUUCAUUUUUAUCUCGCCUUUUCAUUCUUGUCUAAUUCAUUCAUCUUGUGUCCUUACCCACCACUGUGCCCAUCAUCAUCCUCUUUGGCUCUUGCGUGGUGCCGCGGUGACAGUCCCCGCUGUUCCGACGGCACGGCCUUCUUAUUCUUAUUAUCAGCAAUCCCAGCGUCGCAUUUUGU